UAGUUUUUGGAAUUUGCACUUUCUCAUGGCAUAACUUCCGCCAAACGGCAACUAGACUGCAUUAGGAAACGGAAGUUACACGGCUUACCGCGACUUCUCUCAGAAAUACCCCAAGAACUCAUUUGGAAGUAUCGAAUAAAUAGUCGGAAUGCGAUCAUCCGACGUUAGUCGAUAGCUCCACCCCGAUGUUUGUCCGACUCGGGUAACCGUCUAUUUGAAAACAAUUCUAGAAAAGCCUAAGUUAGAGCGAAACCAAAACCAAAAUUAGGUAUCAGCCUAGGACGACUUAAUACCCAAGGCGUAUUAAGUCCAUUUUAGUAGAAAACCGCCAAAGAAUCGCGUCUAAGGUCCUCGACCUCACGACGCAUCAUAUUAUGUGACAUUCGAAAUGUAUGUGUGAAAAAACCAACUUGGGGGUAGGGGAAAGUCUAACAGGUUUCUGUUUUGCAGAUAUGGACCGCUUCCCAAAAUUCAACAUGGUCAUCUCCGCGCCACCCCAACUUACUAUGUGGCACAACGACUUAGACGGAGAUCAUAAGCGAACUCUCAACAAAUUUGUAGGGGCCUUGACCGAGCUAAUCAACAUGGAUGGUUGGCCAGAGUUGAUCGAGGUUCUUACAGGGUACUGGGACAACCAAAGAAUGGUCUUCCGUUUCGGAACGGCCGAAAUCACCCCUACAUUAGAAGAAAUAAGAGAUUGCAUAGACACCGUGGGCAUGGGUCUAGAAAGAAGAGCCCGAAAGCAAGAGGACGUGUUUAUCCCCAACAAACCUUCCGUUGAGAACAUCUCGGAUUGGUUAGGGCUAAGAAAGGAUUUCACCUAUUGGUGUCAAGACUCCCACAUAAUGUUCAGGGACUUGUACGUCAGAUUUGGACACGCGAGUUUCUAUGCCGCGUAUAAUCGGGAAUUUAGAAUUUCCUACAGGGAGUGGAACGAGCUCCGCCCGUUGGCGUUUGCCAUAGCCUUGUUGGGAACAAUGGUCUUCCCGCACGGCCCGAGCCUGAGCAUCAACACCAGAGUUAUAACACUCGUCCAGACGCUGUUCAAAGGGUACGAGAAUCAAGGAACGACGAAGUACUACUCCGUAGCUCCGGUCAUAUUGUCGGACAUAUAUCGCGCUUUGGGCAAGUGCAAAGAGGGACAUCGGUACUUUCAAGGGUGUAAUCUGCUCCUCCAAUGGUGGAUUCUCAGUCACCUGGCGAAGGGUGCUGGAACUCGAGAAUUGCACACUCUCGACAACAAGAACACUCUCAAAGACCUGAACGACUUACUAUUCUGGGCCAACAUGAACAAUUGGAGAACGAGAGGAAGAUGGGCCCAGAUUUUCUCCGAGUUGAGAGAAGAGGACCUCCAAUGGAUGCUCGACCGCUUCAUAUCCAAGGAAGUUGUCGUGGAGGGUCGUAGAUGUGUCGUGCUCCCUCUACCCGGCAUUCGAGGAAUUCGCCCUUACGCGCCAUUCCGAGUCUUGCGACAGUUCGGAAGAAAGCAGACUGUGCCCAGAGAAGCGUAUUAUGGCGCUUAUGUGUACGACAUCGGGGACGACAGAGUGGACGACGCCACAGAGAUGCUCAGAGAAUGGAAGAAUGCCAAGCGCAUGGGCAAAGACAGUAUCGCCACUGACCGAUUCAACGCUGGAUACGAUGAAGGUUACAAAGCAUGGUUGAAAAGAGAUAUACAAAAUAUCUCCUUUCAAAUCCCUCGUAGCUUCCGCAGUGUGACAGACAAGGAGGCCAAAGCAGUGGCCGAAUUGCGAGAGUUAAAGGAGGAGGCUAAUGAGGUCUAUGCCAAAUUCGUAGAGAAUCAAGACGCACUCGAGAGGGCAACUCGAGAGAUCGAGAGACUGAAGCAAGGGUAUGAAGAGUUCGACAACUGGAUCCAGCAUAAAAUCGAGAGGAUGCGAUACGAGAGCCUGGAAGACAAAGGGCGUCUGGGUGAAGGCUUUCUGUUGAUGCUGAGGUACAUGUUCCAACAGCACAAAAACCAUAAAAACGACGACGGAGCAGGACCAUCCGGAGCAGCAUAGUGGACAUCGCCCAUGCGCGGCUUUUUCUUUGUUUGUACUCGCAUUAUUUUAGCCCCUGCGUGGGCCUGAUAUUAUCGCACUUUCUAAAUAGCCCCUGCGUGGGUUUGUCUAUUUCCCUUUUCGAACAUUUUACUCAUUGUUAAAUAUUAU